UCAAAACUCCAUCCUCGCACGUCUUAUACACGACUUUCACUCCAAUCCCAAAUCUAUUUUCCCACUUCUAAUAAAUAAAGUAAAAAAAAUAGACAUUGUCACAAUUCCGAGGAGAAAAAACUGAAAAUUCGUCGGCCGGAGAUGGGAAGGAUAGCCGGAGCCGGAGCUGGGGUGAAGUGCUCCAAUGUGUUCACAUUGAUAGCUAUUUUGGUAUUCAGUUUCGUCGGAAACCUAACGGCGUUAUCGGUUACGGUAAACGACGAGGAGUGCGUUUACGAGUACGUGCUGAAUGAAGGCGAUACUAUUUCGGGGAACUUCGUCGUUGUAGAUCAUGAAAUCUUCUGGAGCUCUGACCAUCCCGGCAUUGAUUUCACUGUGACAUCGCCUGCAGGAAAUGUCGUGCAUACCAUGAAGGGAACAGCAGAGGAUAAAUUUGAGUUGAAGGCCCCAAGGAGUGGGAUGUUCAAGUUCUGUUUUCAUAAUCCACAUUCAACGCCAGAGACAGUCUCAUUCUACAUACAUGUUGGACACAUUCCCAAUGAACAUGACCUAGCCAAAGAUGAACAUUUGGACCCCAUCAAUGUCAAAAUUGCUGAACUAGGGGAGGCAUUGGAGUCAGUUACAGCAGAGCAGAAAUACUUGAGAGCACGUGAUGCUCGUCAUCGUCAUACUAAUGAGAGCACAAGCAAGCGUGUUUUAUUUUACACUGUCGCAGAGUAUGUUCUACUUAUAGUAGCAAGUGGACUGCAAGUUCUGUACAUUCGAAGCCUGUUCAGUAAAUCCAUCGGUUAUAAUCGGGUCUGAUAAAUUGUAUGAAGCUCCACGGCCUUUUUCCGCUCCGUCCUAGAGGUACUUAAAUAGCCUUGUAAGCAGUUGCAGUUGAACGCAAUGUAUCAUUGGUAAACUAAUUUUGAGUUAUUUCAAAAGAUUCACUCCCCCACUAGUGAGAUUUUACUGGGUCGUUAUUGUCGUCAAAAGAUUCACUCCGGCAUUCGUACAGAUCAAGUUUCUCAAUAUGAUCGAUGUACUUAACUGUAGUAGUACUUUGGAGUUUGGAUGAAAUGUCUAACAUUGGUUUAUGUUCUAUUUGAGUAAUUAAAAGUUACUGUUUUUACAGUUA